GUAUACUUUAGCAACAACCUAUUGUAUCCAGUAGCGAACAAUCAAACUAGAGAACUGCUGCUCUCCUGCAAGGUAUGCGAUCACAAGGAGGUAGCUGAAGACAAACGUGUAUAUAGAAACGAAAUCAAACACUCAAUAGAAGAGCGAACACAGAUCUCACUUGAUAUAGCUUCAGAUCCGACACUGCCUCGUACAAGAGGAUCAAAGUGUCCACAAUGCGGCGGUAGAGAGGCUAUAUUCUUCCAGUCACUGGGUAGAAAGAGCGAUAAGAUGACACUUUUCUUUGUUUGCUGCAACUGUGGAGAGAGAUAUACACAUGGCCAG